GCAGUGGGUAUUUUUGUUGGCUAUGGCAUAAAUAAGAUCCUGUUUUUCUUCCAAGUGCAUCAUCAAGAUUCCUCUAAUUUCAAUGCAGAUUUAGUAUUUGCCUGAAGGAUCUCCUUUGGAAUUUUGUUGCACUCCCAGAGUACCUGAUCAAACUGAAAUUCACCUGCACAGAAGCCAACGGUACAAUACAGGCACAAGUCAUGUCAGCUCCCGCUCCACCGUCUUUGCCUGCACCCCUGGCUGAUCUGAAGAUUAAAUAUACCAAGAUAUUUAUAAACAAUGAAUGGCAUGACUCAGUGAGCAGCAAAAAAUUCCCAGUUUAUAAUCCUGCAACUGGAGAGAAAAUUUGUGAUGUUGAAGAAGGAGACAAGGAGGAUGUUGACAAAGCAGUUAAAGCAGCAAGAAAAGCUUUUGAGCUUGGGUCAUGCUGGCGAACAAUGGAUGCCUCUGAAAGGGGAAGACUGUUGAACAAACUAGCUGAUUUGGUUGAAAGGGAUCGACUCCUCUUAUCUACAAUAGAGAGCAUUAAUGGAGGAAAGCUUUUUGCCAACUCCUACCUAAUGGACUUGGGUGGCUGCAUCAACACUUUACGCUACUGUGCAGGCUGGGCUGAUAAAAUCGAAGGACGAACCAUCCCCAUGGAUGGAAACUAUUUCACAUUUACAAGACGUGAGCCUAUUGGAGUUUGUGGUCAAAUCAUUCCUUGGAACUUUCCACUUGUUAUGUUUAUGUGGAAGAUCGCCCCUGCUCUUGCAUGUGGAAACACAGUGGUCGUCAAACCUGCGGAGCAAACACCUCUGACUGCUCUUCAUAUGGGCGUUCUCAUUAAGGAGGCAGGAUUCCCACCCGGCGUUGUGAACAUUGUGCCAGGAUAUGGACCCACUGCUGGAGGAGCCAUUUCCGCUCACAUGGAUGUAGAUAAAGUGGCGUUCACUGGCUCUACUGAGGUUGGCCAAAAGAUCAAAGAAGCUGCUGGGAAAAGUAAUCUGAAGAGGGUCACACUAGAACUUGGAGGGAAAAGCCCCAAUAUCAUAUUUGCAGAUGCUGAUCUGGACAGUGCGGUGGAGUUUGCACACAUUGGCCUGUUUUACCAUCAAGGUCAGUGCUGUGUAGCUGGGUCUAGGAUUUUUGUGGAAGAGCCAAUAUAUGAAGAGUUUGUGCGCAGGAGUGUUGCAAGAGCUAAGAAAAAUGUCCUGGGAAAUCCUUUGACUCCUGGUGUACAUCAGGGUCCACAGAUUGAUAAGGAGCAGUAUGAUCGAAUCCUCUCACUGAUUGAGAGUGGGAAAAAAGAAGGAGCCAAACUGGAAUGCGGAGGAGGCCCUUGGGGAGACAAAGGCUUCUUCAUCCAGCCAACUGUUUUCUCUGAUGUUUCAGAUAACAUGCGCAUUGCCAAGGAGGAGAUAUUUGGACCAGUCCAGCAAAUCAUGAAGUUCAAAACUAUUGAUGAAGUUAUUAAAAGAGCAAACAAUACUCAUUAUGGUUUAGCAGCGGCAGUGUUUACCAAAGACAUUGAUAAAGCUCUGACAUUUGCAGCUGCUCUCCAAGCUGGAAUGGUGUGGGUUAACUGUUAUAGCGCAGUGUCUGCCCAGUGUCCUUUUGGAGGGUACAAAAUGUCAGGAAAUGGCCGAGAACUGGGAGAACAUGGUAUUCAUGAAUAUACAGAAUUGAAGACCGUCGUAAUCAAAAUCCCACAGAAAAAUUCGUAAUGUCACUUCAACGUACAAGACUUGACAAGUUCAUGUGCUAAGAAAAAUUGCAACAGCUGGCUAUAUUGCAAAAUGUUUUGUAGCAGAUGUUUUCAUAUAAUUUGGUUUCUGU